AUGGCGGACAAGCUCACCCGUAUCGCUAUUGUCAACUCUGACAAGUGCAAACCCCGCAAAUGCAAGCAAGAAUGCAAGCGCUCGUGUCCCGUCGUCCGCAGCGGCAAGCUGUGCAUUGAGGUCGCCCCAGACUCCAAGCUGGCCUUCAUCUCCGAGUCCCUCUGCAUUGGUUGCGGUAUUUGCCCCAAGAAAUGCCCCUUCGGCGCCAUCACCAUCAUCAACCUGCCGACCAACCUCGAGUCCCAGGUGACCCACCGAUACUCGGCCAACAGCUUCAAGCUCCACCGCCUGCCCAUGCCCCGACCCGGCAACGUGCUCGGUCUGGUUGGAACCAACGGUAUCGGAAAGAGUACCGCCCUCAAGAUUCUCAGCGGCAAGCUCAAGCCCAACCUCGGCCGCCACGACAACCCUCCCGACUGGGAAGACGUCAUCAAGUACUUCAGAGGUUCCGAGCUGCAGAACUACUUCACCAAGAUUCUGGAGGACGACCUCAAGGCUGUUGUCAAGCCCCAGUACGUCGACCAGAUCCCCAGGGCUAUCCGUGGGCCCGAGAAGUCGGUCAAGGGUCUGCUUGAGGGCCGUGCCUCGCUCGACAACUUGGAUCAGGUGCUCGAUGUUCUUGAGCUGAAGCAUCUUCUCGAGCGUGACGUUGGCCAGCUGUCUGGUGGAGAGCUCCAGCGUUUCGCCAUCGGCACUGUCUGUGUCCAGGAUGCCGACGUUUACAUGUUCGACGAGCCGUCGUCCUACCUGGAUGUCAAGCAACGUCUCUCUGCCGCCCGAAUCAUCCGUUCGCUGAUCAAGUCGAACAACUACAUCAUCGUUGUCGAGCACGAUUUGUCAGUUCUUGACUACCUUUCCGAUUAUGUCUGCGUCCUCUACGGUAAGCCCGCCGUAUAUGGUGUUGUUACCCUGCCGCACUCUGUCAGGGAAGGCAUCAACAUCUUCCUCGACGGUCACAUUCCCACCGAGAACUUGCGUUUCCGUGAGGAAUCCUUGACUUUCCGCAUCGCUGAGGGUGCUGAGGACUACAUGGCAAACAAGGACCGAGCGUUCAACUACCCCAAGAUGGAGAAGACUCUCGGCAACUUCAAGCUGUCCAUUGACACCGGUGAUUUCACCGACUCAGAGAUUAUUGUCAUGAUGGGAGAGAACGGAACCGGAAAGACUACUUUCUGUAAGCUGCUGGCUGGUGCCCUCAAGCCCGAUGGCACCAAGAAGGUGCCUGAGAUGAAGAUCAGCAUGAAGCCUCAGACCAUUACUCCCAAGUUCGAGGGAACCGUUCGUCAGCUUUUCUUCAAGAAGAUCCGGCCUGCCUUCCUCUCACCUCAGUUCCAGACUGAUGUUGUCAAGCCUCUCAAGCUUGACGACUUCAUUGAUCAGGAAGUCAAGAACCUGUCUGGCGGUGAAUUGCAGCGUGUUGCCAUCGUUCUUGCUCUCGGUCUGCCCGCCGAUAUUUACCUGAUCGACGAGCCCUCUGCCUACCUGGACUCUGAGCAGCGUAUCAUUGCAGCUCGUGUCAUCAAGCGUUUCAUCAUGCACGCCAAGAAGACUGCUUUCAUCGUCGAGCACGAUUUCAUCAUGGCCACAUAUCUUGCUGAUCGUGUCAUUGUAUUCGACGGACAGCCUGGUAUCAACGCUCGCGCCAACAAGCCCGAGUCCCUCCUCACUGGUUGCAACGCCUUCUUGAAGAACCUUGACGUCACCUUCCGACGUGAUCCAUCCAACUACCGCCCUCGUAUCAACAAGCUUAACAGCCAGCUUGACCAGGAGCAGAAGCUGCAUGGAAACUACGUAAGUCUACUACUCCUAAUGAUUCGUACUCACCCCUGCUCACACCCCGACAGUUCUUCCUGGAAGAGGACAGCUCUUGAAAAGGGCUUCCCACGGGAUAAUGGCCACAAUCAAAAUGGUGGUCAUCAUGAAAGUUACGAUAGUCACGAGCAUGCCCCUUCAUCCUCAGGCACCGGCGUUCUGGGCGUUCAAAACAUUGGGAAGCGCCGCGCCGCUGGUGUACAUGGGUCUUCGGAACUAGAUGAGGAUGGUGGUGGCGAGGCCGACGAGCCCGAUGACUAA